CUUUUUUAGAUCUGGAAAUCAUCUUGUUUUGCUUGAAAAAAAUCCACGGAUUUCAUAAUCUGUGAUGUCGUUUUCGGAUUCCGAGCACGGUGGUGGAAAGGAAUACAAGGUCUUUCGUCAGUUCAGCCGCGAUCGGCUAUUAUACGAAAUGCUUGGAGCUUCAUCAUCUGAUGGUGGAAAAUCGACUUGGAAGGUACUCAUAAUGGAUAAAGUGACCGUCAAAGUGAUGUCUCAUUCAUGUAAAAUGGCAGAUAUCACAGAUCAAGGAGUUUCCCUGGUGGAAGACAUUUUCAGGAGAAGACAGCCAUUGCCUACCUUGGAUGCUAUAUAUUUCAUGCAGCCAACAAGAGAAAAUAUUAUCAUGUUCUUAUCUGAUAUGUCUGGAAGGGAGCCUUUAUACAAGAAGGCAUUUAUAUUCUUCAGUUCACCUGUUCAAAAGGAAUUAAUUAAUCACAUCAAAGCCGACACAAGCGUGUUACCUCGUAUAGGUGCAUUAAGAGAGAUGAAUUUGGAGUACUUUCCUGUAGAUAGUCAGGCGUUCAUCACUGAUCAUGAUUCAGCCUUGGUAGAACUUUUUAGUGAAGAUGCAGAGAAGUCUAAGAAUUUCGAAAUUUUGUUGAACGUAAUGGCAACUCGAAUUGCCACAGUUUUUGCCUCGUUGAAGGAGCUUCCAUAUGUUCGAUAUCGUGCUCCCAGGGAACGAGAUGGAUCUCCAGAAGCAACCCGCAGUUUAAUUCCUUCAAAGCUUGCCGAUUCUAUUUGGCAAUGUAUUUCAAAUUACAAAUCUAUUCCUAACUUCCCUCAGACCGAAACAUGUGAUUUGCUUAUCUUGGAUAGAUCUGUUGAUCAGAUUGCUCCAGUGAUACAUGAAUGGACAUAUGAUGCCAUGUGUCAUGAUUUACUUGAAAUGGAUGGAAACAAAUAUGUCGUAGAGCUUCCUGGCAAACAUGGUGGCCCACCUGAGAAAAAAGAGGUCCUUCUUGAAGAUCAUGAUCCAGUUUGGCUUGAGCUUCGUCAUGCACACAUAGCAGAUGCUAGUGAGCGCUUGCACGAGAAGAUGACCACCUUUAAAUCAAAGAACAAAGCUGCAAAUAUUCAGAGAGAUGGUGAAAUGUCUACACGAGACUUGCAGAAAAUUGUGCAAGCUUUGCCACAAUAUAAUGAAACAGUCGAAAAGCUCACUCUGCAUGUUGAGAUUGCCGGAAUACUCAACGAGUGUAUUAGGGAUAUGGGGCUUCGUGAUCUCGGGCAACUAGAACAGGAUCUUGUUUUUGGAGAUGCUGGAUCCAAGGAGGUCAUCAACCUUCUGAGGACAAUGCAGGACGCAUCUACCGAUAAUAAAUUGCGUUUGCUGAUGAUUUAUGCUGUUGUGUAUCCAGAGAAAUUCGAGGGCGAUAAAGCUACAAAGCUAAUGCAGUUGGCUAAAUUAACAACAGAAGACAUGCAAGUGGUGAACAAUAUGAAAUAUCUCGGAGGACCACCAAAAAGUAAAAAGCAAAGCUCUGGUUUCUCGCUGAAGUUUGAUGGUGGCCAAAAGGAGGCAAAAAAUGCAGCAAGAAAAGACAGAACAGGGGAGGAAGAAGAAACUUGGCAACUGUUUCGAUUUUUUCCUUUUGUAGAGGAGCUUAUUGAAAACCUCAGCAAAGGUCAGUUACCAAAGGAUGAAUAUUCAUGUAUAAAUGAACCACCACCACCAAAGGCUGACAAAUCCCACAGAGCGGCUCCUACACCUAAUGGAAGAAGGCCUGCUCAUUCUAUGAGAUCGAGACGAACACCAACUUGGGCAAGAGGUAACUGUUCCGAUGAUGGAUAUUCAAGUGAUUCGGUUUUGAAGAAUGUAGUCCCUGAUUUCAAGAGGAUGGGACAACGGAUUUUCGUGUUCAUCAUUGGAGGGGCAACUCGAUCCGAGCUAAGAGCAUGUCACAAGCUAACAGCAAAGUUGAGGAGGGAAGUUAUCUUAGGUUCCACUAGUUUCGAUGAUCCUCCACAAUAUAUAUCGAAACUGAAGCAACUGUCAGAAAAAGAUAUCAACAAGGCGAAACCCCAGAAUUGA